CGAUUCGAGUCUCAGUCCUAACUGGAAGUAGCAGCUCCGAAGCUGCCUUCCAUAUUCUCUACUUCAACUGUUCCACUCUCAGGUACACAGCACCGGGCCGUAGAUUUUCACUCUGCAGCCAGGAGCUGCACAUUUCCUGAUGCUUGGGGUGUGGAUAGUGGAUUAGACAAUUGAAGGAGCGAUUACGCGGGCACCGAAUGGUGCAGCGCACCUGGUGUUGAAUCGGGUGGGAAGGGUGGAGUGUUGCAGCGGGUUUCAAAAGAUUGUGCGUAGCAGCAGACAGUGCAGUUAUUAGAGUGAGAACCCGCAAACAGGCACAAUGACGCGCUUUACUCUGCCGAGGAUGGAAGCGAGUGCUACUACCAUGCUGGUCACAGCACUCUUGGUCUCUCUAUUCAUGCUGCAAGCAGCAGCUAUCAGUGCACCUGUCGCUCCUGCAACCUCGGCUGUCCCUGCACACCCUUUCUCAGGAACUCAAACGAUUGAAAACCAUCCUCUGGGGUACGGCCGCCGUCUUCAAGCAACUGGACGCAAUGGAUUUGCAUGGAGCCAGUGGAGAGCUUACAUCGCUUUGCGAGCCUGGAAGAAGGCCAUCACCGAUGAUCCCAAAAAUGUCACAAGGAGUUGGAAGGGAAAGUAUGUCUGCAGAUACGAAGGAGUAUUUUGUCAACAUCCACCUGGUCAGAAGUACUCCAGCAUCAAGGUUGUAGCCGCAAUCGACUUGAACGGUGCGCAUCUGAAGGGUACUUUGGUGCCUGAGUUGGGCUUGCUUCGAGAGAUUGCUGUCUUCCACUUGAAUAGCAAUCGUUUCUGCGGAGGAGUGCCAGAUUCAUUCCGAAACAUGAAGUUGUUGUAUGAACUCGAUCUUAGCAACAACCAGUUUAGCGGGAGAUUUCCGAUGGUCACCUUGGCCAUCCCCAAGUUGGUUUUCUUGGAUCUCCGCUUUAACAAGUUCUAUGGCAGGUUGCCAAGUGAGCUGUUCGCAAAGCGUACUUUGAAAAUAAUCUUUGUGAACAACAAUAAAUUUGAAGGUACCAUACCUAGCAACUUCGGACAGUCCCGCGUCGCUGCCAUUACGCUUGCCAACAACAAGUUUCGAGGAACCAUCCCCAGGAGUAUCAGUGAUAUGAGCAACACCCUGUUCGAGAUUCUUGCUUUGGGCAACAAAUUCGAAGGAAGAAUUCCCUCUGAUAUUGGCAAGUUGAAAAACAUCCUGCUCUUCGACUUCAGCACCAACAAAAUCAAAGGAGAUUUGCCAGAGAGCAUCCGAAAUUUGACUGAUCUCGAGGUGUUCAACAUGAGUAACAACUUAUUGGGUGGAACAGUGACUGCCGAGCUCUGUCGGCUGAAAAAUUUGGCAACUCUUGAUCUCAGCGACAACUUCUUCACUAAACUUGAGUCUGCAUGUAGAGCGCUCAAUCGAAGGGUGUUGGAUAUCUCUGGAAAUUGUCUUCUUACCCGUAGUUAUUAUAACCAGAAGAGUGAGGCUACAUGCGCAAGCUUUUAUGGGUGGAGUCCUCCACCUCCACUCUCCUCUCCUCCUCCACCCUCCCCUCCUCCUCCACCCACACCCUCCCCUCCUCCUCCACCCACACCCACACCCUCCCCUCCUCCUCCACCCACACCCACACCCUCCCCUCCUCCUCCACCCACACUCUCCCCUCCUCCUCCUCCCACACCCUCCACCUACACCCCUCCUCCACCUACAUCGCGGUGAUAUCCAGCUUCAGUUUGUUUGCACCUUGAUGUGCUGAGGGAUUAUGGAUGUGGCUUGUCCGAAACUUGCAAGACUGUAGGCGACAACGAUUCUACGUGUAGCUGGGACGAUACUGGGUACAAGUGCCACUGCAGUGCAGGUUACGUAUCGGAUAGUUCUGGUAUUUGUACCUUAAAUCUCUUGUAGGGACUACAUGGUUUUUGAAGUUUAGUGCUGAUACCAUCCAGCUGUUUGAGGGUACCGAAGCUGCAUAAAAUGCACCGAGUGAACACAAUAAUUCCAUUCAGGGUGAUUCACAUACCUUUAUCUUUCUGUUCCUUGUUUUUUAUAAGAAAUUGAAAAACAUUCUUCAUUUUUUUCCA